ACAAAAAGCAAGGAUCUGGACACUUAGGGCAGAUGUCAUCAACAACUCCAGCUCCGGUGAUUACGUCCAAGCGCAACAGUUCCCACCGACGCGAUAAGGUGAAGGACAAAGCGGCUCAGAGGGAAUUGCACGAGCAGCAGCAGCAGCAGCAACAGCAACAGCAGAGUAGUGGGAGUGAAGGGGGCGCCUGCGGGUGUUCACAUGAUGGGGAUGACUACCCAUGCGGCAAUAUGACUUGCCCACGCAAUAAAACAGCCACAGAUACAGCAAAGAUGCUCAAUAUUCAGGCUGAUGUGACAAUGGCAUCGGCUGAAGGGGCAGCUGGGACGGCUAGUGGGGGUGCUGGAGGUGAUGAGAGGGGCAAACAUUUUGGUCUGGACAAGAUGGGUACCAAUCAUGCUGGCGGCAGUUCGACAAAGAAAGACGCCCAGCAAUCAAUCAUUCCGAUGAAGACGGAGGGAGAUGGAGAUGCCAAGAUUCCGACGGGAGGCCUGACAGUUCACGGAUCAGCUGCUGGGCAGCAGCAGGAACAUGAUGAUGGUCUCAAGUCACCGCCACUCAAGAAGCUGAAAUGUGAUCAAAAGGUUCUGCAUGACAUGUCUGUGGGUACAUCCGUGGGCACAAUCACCGAACCCGACUGCCUGGGACCGUGUGAACCAGGGACAUCAGUGACACUGGAGGGCAUUGUGUGGCAUGAAACUGAGGGUGGUGUACUUGUGGUUAAUGUCACAUGGCGUGGCAAGACGUAUGUGGGGACACUUUUGGAUUGCACUCAACAUGAUUGGGCACCACCGAGAUUCUGUGACUCACCGAUUGAGGAUCUGGACAUGCGAACACCCAAAGCCAGGGCAAAACGUGGUCGAAGUGCAGCCAAUACUUCGCACAAUGAUCUUAGCAAUUUCACAGAGACUCGCAGCUCAGUGCACAGCAAAUUGCGCAACUGUGGUGCAAAAGGUCGUGGUGGUCAACGUCUCUCUACAACAACAGCCACAAAUUCUUCCCCCGUAUCCACAGUCUCCACCACAUCAGCUUCAAUCUCAACAACGACCACUUCCACAUCUUGUGGUUCUGGUGGAUCAUCCAGCAACAGUGGGAGUCAACCAAUGUCACCGGUGUCGCGUCAUGACAAACGCAAAUCCCGCGAUGAGGCAGAACCGGCCAGUACUGGAGCAUCUUCCGGUGGAACUGGGACUCCAGGAACGCCAAAUGCCGAUUCCACACAGAAUAUCAUAAAUCCAUUAACGGGACUCAAUGUGCAGAUCUCUACGAAGAAAUGUACAAUAACCCGAUGCCCGGUGUCUCCGGUGUUGCUGGAGUGUCCGGAGCAGGAUUGCAAUAAGAAAUAUAAGAAUCCCAUUGGUCUGAAAUAUCAUCAGAGUCAUGCUCAUGGAGGUUUUGUGUCGAUGGAUGAGGAGUCUCCACCAUCGCCAGAAUCACCUCAGGCAGCUGAAGCUGGAGGAACUACUCCUGGCCAGACAGUUCCAGAUGGCAAGAAGGCACUCAAUGGAUCGACUGAACCUAUGGUGUUUACCAAUGAGGAGGAAGAAUCAGCAGAUAAAGCCACUCCAGCUGCUACAACGACAGCAAAGAGGACAGAAUCUGAAUUGAUGAAUCCUCUCUUGCUGCAAUCACAGCCUCAUGGGGCAUUACCCCUGAAACCAGGAGCAGCAGCUGUUAGUGGGCAGCCAGAAGCACCGAAAGCAGACUCAGAUGUUCCAAUGCACUUUCCUCAGGGGAAAAUAUUCGAUGAGGAAAAGGAAGGGCAAAUUCCUGAGAAAUCUCGGGUGCUACUUUGUCCUCCAAAGGGAGGCGAUGCUCAGGGGCAAGCAAUGACAUCUGGAACGGGUGAAGAGACAGACUCAGCGUAUUUGGGAAAGGCUGGUGAUUAUUCGAAGCAAAAGAAGAAUCGCAAGUCGCCCAUAAUUGCAGAGAAUGCCAAUGAGAAUGCAUCAUCAGUCAAUCGACCAGAUGAUGUCAAGAGUCCUGCGUAUAGUGAUAUCUCUGAUGAUUCCACUCCAGUGAUUGAGUCGGAGAAUACUGAGAAACUUCGCCUGGUGAAGGGGAUUGAUGAGCGUCAGCCAGUCGCUGAAGUUUCGUCCAACUCAAUCAACAUUGGCAAUUUUGGGAUGUAUCCCUUCUACAGUCAGUCAUCAUUUAUGAUGUCACCGGAGCAUUUGCGUGCACAGGCCGGAAAGGCACCAGUUGCUGGUGCUGGAGCACCCAGAGUUGCUGGGCCAACGGAUUAUGGGUCAAAGGCUUCGAAGGAGCCACAACCACCGCCAGUGGAUCUCAUGAACAAAUCUCAGUCUGUGGAUCCGGCAGCUGGAGGUGGGAAUUCUGGUCCACCGCCGCCGCAGAUGUCUCUCAAGGAUUUCCCAAGCAAUGCACAACAAGCAAAAGUGCUCUCUCACUUUUAUCCCUACAAUUUUAUGUCGUCUGGAUAUUCCUACGACAUUGAAUCCAGUUAUGGAGCUGUUGGUCUGAUAUCAUCGUCAGAUGAGAAUAAGGACAAUAGCAAUAGAUCCACUACACCUCCAUCGAAGGAUGAUGGCCACUACAAGGCAUCAAGCCCAAAUGAUUCUAUUAAGACGACACCGUCAAAGGGAUCCAUCAAAGUGGAACCACAUGCUGGAGGCAAGGAGCUGACUGAUCCACAUCUUUCGUGCUAUUCGAAAGAGUCUUCCCCACAUAUUCCCAAUCACUUCCCUUCUGCGGCCGCUGUCGCAGCAGCCGCUUACCAAAGCCAAAGGCCUCAUGGAGUCCCCACCUCUGUUCAUCAGCUGUCAGCUAGAGAUGAGGAUCUCAAGAGGUUCUACGUAUACCCUGACAGUAGGCGCUUGAAUCCGUCUGCUGUUCCUGGAGGGAUCAAGGAGGAGCCCUAUGGACACCCAAUGUCUGCUGGCGGAACUGCUGGAGGUCCAAUGUCUGCCAACCAGCAAUCCCAGCCACCCCAACAGCCAGGCCAAUUACCCCAAGCUCCCCCAUCGAGUGGCCAUGGUGGCAGUCAGAAUGGCCAGCAACCGGGUCCAAAUGUACCCAAGGGAGGUCCCCAAUCAGCAUCAGGAUCAUCAUCUUCUGCCUCAGUAUCGGCUGGAGAUAGGUCAAAGAUGCAGCUGGGAGAGGUGAAAUCUGAGGAUGGUGGCAAGGUGAUCAAGCAGGAGGGUCAGAAGCCCACAAUGGAGACUCAGGGUCCACCACCUCCACCCACCUCCCAGUACUACUUGCCAUACAUCAAUCCGUCACCAUUCCCCUUCGACACGGCCCAUCCGAUGUACAGGAACAUGCUGGUGCCGGCAGCUCCAUACAAUCAUCCCUCCACCUACCAUCACAUUCAGAUGGCGGCUGCGGCACGCUAUCACUCACCCGAAGAUCUCUCACGGACGUCCAAUCCCAAGGCACUGGAUAUGCUGCAGCAUCAGGCUACGCAGUACUACAAUUCCCACAAGAUUCACGAGUUGAGUGAGAGGGCACUCAAGAGUCCCACAAGUGCACCGCCGGCUCAGAGUCAGAGUCAGGCUGGUGGACCGGGAGGGGGAGGAGGUGGUCCUGGGGGUCAGGGAGUGGUGGGUUCUGGGAGUGGUGGUGCCGGUGGUCCGGCUGGGAGUGGCGGAAGUAAUGCCAAGAUUUGUGUCUCUAGUCCAAAUUCGAGUUUAGUGCAGCAGCAGCAGACGGCCACAUCGGUGGCAUCGGGAGCUGGUGGUGGUGGUGGUGGUGCUGGAGGUGCUGGAGUUAGUGGGGGGGCACCUGGAGGGCCGACGGGUAGUGGUGGUGCUGGUGGUGGUGGGCAGAAGGGUGAUGAGAAGAGUGGCAGCGGGAGGAGUCCGCCGCCGCAGAGGCACGUUCAUACGCACCAUCAUACACACGUUGGACUGGGAUAUCCCAUGUAUCCGGCCCCGUAUGGAGCUGCCGUGAUUGCCAGCCAACAAGCAGCCGCCGUGGCGGUCAUUAAUCCAUUCCCACCACCUGGUCCCGCCAAGUAACUCAAUCACAGACAGACAGAGACAGAAACAGAGAGAGAGAGAGAGAGAGGCCAGAAACUUUUCUGACUGGGGGCUGUUUGAUCCAACUUCUGACGUGAUUUGACAAUUUUUUUUUUCAAAAGUGUCGCGCUUGGAAUCCAAGAGUUUGACUUAAAACCUUCCAGGAUCCAAAUAAACUUCAAGAUAUCAAAAAAAAA